UUGUUCAGAAUAUUUUCCCUCUCUUUUUGAAGUUUUACGCGCGAUUAGAAGAUAAACAGUCCAAAACUAGCUCUCAAACCUAAUCAUUUUUAGUUUUGUCUUCGUGCUGUCUACAUCAACAGGUUUUAUUGCAAAUUUUUUUUGUGUUUUAUCCUUUUUAUUUAUUUCAAUUUUGUGAAUAUAAUCAUCAAAACCAUCAUCAAAACAUAACCACCAUGUCAUCUGACUCAAUCUCAAGAUCGGAAACCAGUUCACCAGUAAUAACUUCUGUUGUUAAUAUUUUGGACGGUGUCAAUUGGGCCGACAUUGAUUCUGAAAAUGAAGAAGAUAUCUGGGAGAAAAUGAAUUCUUCAAUUGUUAAAUUAACAUCUAAACCAAACGACAAUUCAAAUAUUGAAAAAAGUGAAAAAAAUGCCGCCAAAAUCGACAAAAACAACAAAUGCAAGAGUGAAGACAAUGCAAGCAAAAGACCGCGUAAACGUUUAGCCUCCGAGACCUCAUCAUCAUCAUCCACCUGUUCUUCUACUGAUAUUAGAAAAUGUACCAAGAGAAGGAAGAAGCAGUUGGAAUUCGAAGAGGACAAACAAGUGUUAAAUAGAAGAUCGAAACAAAUCGAUUAUGGAAAAAACACGUUGGGUUACCAAAAUUAUCUCAAAAUCAUACCCAAAGACAAAAGGAUGGCUGAUGAUCCACAGACACCAAACAAAUUUUUGAAAUUCAGCCGUCGCUCUUGGGAUCAACAGAUCAAAUUAUGGAGAAAAAAAUUGCACACAUUCGAUCCACCCGAGGAAUCUAGCGAGAAAUCUGACGAUUUAGAUCUGGUCGAUAUAGACAUGUCCGAAGUUAAUGAUCUCAUCUAUGCUCUGCAAUAAUUUGCAAAUUUUAUAUCUUAACAAUGUAUUUUGGACAAUUUUAGAUAAUCAUAUCGAAUAUUACGAUUCAAUUAUUUACAAGCGAUAUGUAUACAAAUAAAACCUUAUUAAAUAUAUUAUAACUCUUA